UAGAAUACGAAAUAGUUGGGGAAUUAUUUGAUUUUGCUAUAAUAGAAAAUGACAGGAGCCUUUUACUGUUAUAUAACCGUAAUAUGACAGAAUAUAGGAAUACACUUUACUCAUAUUUAAUUGCCAUAAUUUAUUAAAUCCAUGGGUCAUACACCUUCAUACUAGUCUCCGAUCACCCAAAAGUGAUCCUGCUACAAUUUGUAGCGUAACUCCGAAAAAUGAUAUGGCAAAUGUUAAUUUUUGCAGUAUAAUUAUAUAUCGUAUAAGGAUUUUAUUAUUUUAGUACAGUAUAAAUCGAUAGUACUUCUUUCAUCUACAGAAAUUGAAGGUAAAAGUGUUAUUUUAUUUUGAUCGAUGCAAAAUGAGUUUCUCCGUGAAAAAGACUGGGGGUAGAAUGUGGCAUGAGGCACGAAAGCAAGAGAAAAAAAUUCGUGGAAUGUUGGUUGAUUAUCGACGACGUGCUGAACGGCGAAGAGACUACUACGAAAAAAUUAAAUCAGAUCCUACUCAAUUUCUUCAAUUACAUGGAAGACCAUGUAAGGUUCAUUUAGAUCCUGUAAUUGCAGCUGCUGGUGAUAGCCCUGCAAAUAUGAUGCCUUGGCAAGGAAAUAAAGAUAACUUAAUCGAUCGAUUUGAUGUUAGAGCACAUCUUGAUUGGAUUCCAGAAGCUACUAAUACAAAUGACAUUGAUAUUCCAUUAACUAGCGAAGAUAGACAUAUUAAUUAUGAAAGAUAUCGUAUAAUUGUCCAAAAUGAAUUCCUGACAGUAACUGAAGAAAAAUUUCUUCAUCAAAUCCAUCUUGAAGAGCAAUUUGGAUCGUCAACUAAAUUAGAAUUUGCAAAAGAUAAAAAAAAAUCAAGUAAUACUGCAGCAAUUGGCUAUAAUUAUGAAACAGAAGAAGCAAUAUCAGAAAUUUCAAAAACAAUAGAUCCUAAUUUAUCAGAGGAAAAAGAAGAUGAAGACAGUGAUAUUGAUUUAGAUAUUUGUGUAGAUGUAUCUCAAAUUGAGCCUUCACAAGCUCAUGAAAUGAAUUUAGUGGCUCAAAAGUAUGGACUUUUAGGUGCUGAUUAUUUCAGUUUCUUAACUCAAGAUUUUGAAGAAGCUGAAACAUUACGUCAAGCAAGAAAACAAGAGGAAGAAAAGGCAAUGUAUUCUGGUCGAAGAUCGAGAAGAGAGAGACGUGCAUUUAGAGAAAAAAAGAUGAUUGGUCGAAUAAUGAGUCCUCCAAGUUAUGCUGCUAGAGAAAGCCCAGAAUAUAAUCCAUAUAGAAAAUCAUCUUCCAAAUCUCAUUCUCGCUCAGCAUCACCUGCCAAUGCAGGACAAAUUACAUAUAUUACUAGUUUUGGUGGUGAAGAAGAUGCAAUUCAAGGUAGCUCUUCUCAAGUAAUAAAUUCAAAAAAAAGUAAUUUUAUAAAUUUAAAGAAAAGAAAACCAGAUAGUCCCAUUUCAAAUGAUAAAUUAUCAAAUAAAAAACUGGUGAAGUCUAGAUCACGAAGUAAUUCAUGUUCCAAAAAUAAACCAUAUCGAAAAAAUGACUCAAGAAGAUUUAGCCCCUCAUAUUCUAGAUCACGUAGAAAUUCAAGAAACAGAAAAUAUGGAAGGUCCAAAACGUGGAAUCAUACUCGCUGGUCUCGCUCGUUUUCUAGAUCAAGGUCUCGUGGUCGAAGUAGAUCACGAACAGAUAGCAGAUCCCGAUCUUUUUCACAAACAAGAUCAAUUUCAAGAUCAAGAUCAAGAUCACGAAUAAGAUCACGCUCUCAUUCGUAUUCUAAAAGAUCAUCGUUAAGCUCUAGUAGAUCAUCUACAAGUAGUAGUGAGAGUAGCAGAUACUCAAGAUCAUUUUCAAGGUCAAAAUCAAAGGAUGAAUUGAAAAAGCAACGAUUUUCAGAAUCCAAGUCUAGGUCUAAAUCAAGAACCAAAACUGAAUCAAGAUCGAGAUCAAGAUCAAGAUCAAUGACUACAAAGUCAAGAUCAAAAUCUGAAUCAAGAUCGAGAUCUAAGACAAAAUCCAUGACUAGAUCUAGAACGAGAUCAAGAUCGAGAUCAAGAAGUAAAAGUCAUAGUAGAUCAAAAUCGUCCAGAUCUAGAAGUAGAUCAAAUAGUAAACGUUCCAAAAGCAUAGAAAAUAAGCCUACUGUAUCGAGGUAUUAUGGUCGGCGAGGAAAGUCAUCAAGUUUAGAAAUAGAAUUAUCUGAUAAUGAAACUAAAAAUUUUCAGUCUGUAUCAAAAACUUCAACUAAUUCAAACAUGAACAAGCCAAAAGCAGGGUUAAGUACAAAUUCUGGUGGCGGACACAAAUCUUUAAAAAUUACACCUCAAGAGCGACUAAAAAAAAAAAUGCAGACUUUAUUAAAUAGGCAAUAUAAAGCCGAUAAAAAAGCUGAACAGGCUCGUAUUGAAAAGAUGGAGCAACAAAGACAAGAUAGAGAGGAUGAAAUACGAGAAAUGUCAUUGAAACUUCGUAGAAAACAAAGGGAACGAAGGCAUCGUUACGAAGGUCACAGUUCGGAUUCACGUUCAUCAGAGUCACGCUCUCCAAGUCCGAGUAGAAGCUCACGUAGUUCAACACGUAAGGAUAGACGAGAUCGAGAAUACAGAAAUGACUAUGAAGGUGACUGUGAUAGAGAUAGAACUCGUCAAAAAAGAAAUGAUGAUAAAGAUAAAAGUAGCAGACAAGAUUUGCGAAAACGAUAUCGCACACCACCUCGCCAUUCAAGCCCUAGGAAUAAUCGGUAUAAAUUUGUUUUAUUUAUAAAU